AUGGCUAGGAACUGCGGUCCAUCUUCCUCCUCCAACCCGGCCGGUGGAGGUCGGCAGCCAUCAGGGGAGCAGCUACGCACGCCCACGACGCGGAUGGCCGGCUGCUGCCAUCCUCCUCCCACCGAGAUCCACCACUCCAUCGCGCCCCUCGCCAUGAUCCAGAUUACAGGUAGUAUUAAGUCCGAAUGCAACCGUGGCUGCCACCUGCCCCGCGCCUCCCAGGGCUCCGCCGCGCCAGCAAGAGGCCACAAGCCCCCUUCUCUGUUGAGGAGAGUAGAGCUGGUGGAAGGCGGAGGCGAUGGCUGCGGGAAGGGGACGGGGGAUGUGGAGGUUCGUCCUCAAGCGGACGGCAUGAAGGAAGUAUCUCUGCUCCACAGCCGUCACUGCCAUGUUCUCGAGAUCCGUUUGUCCAGCACGAGCAGCCAUGUACUCCUGCAACGCCACCUCUCCCCUCCCAAAUCUCUUGGAUUUCUUUCCCGUUUUGAUGGGAUACGAUGCGGCCAGUCGCGGACCGUUCGCCUGCAUCGGCCAGGGCGCUCGCAUGCGUCGAGCAGCCAACCUUCCGCUAUGAAGUUGCUCUGCUCCUGGUCUUUCCCUGCUCUUCGCGAUAUGCUUGAUUUGGCCGCCGCCGCCCCACUUCGUCCGGAUACGGCACCACAGCGCCGGCCCCGCAACUGGGAAUGGAAGGGCGUCGGCCGAUGCCGAUCUAUGGUGGUGUGGCCCUGUGCUGUCCCAGGUGCAGGAAUCGCCGGCUGCAAGCACAGCGUGACCUCCACCCUGAUGAGUGAUGAUUCUGCCAUUAAAAAGAGCUGGUUACAUUGGUCAGACGGGCUGAUCCAUUUUCCAAAGCGCAUGCUCAUUGGUUUUGUAUACCUGAUCAAUUUGCUCCCUGAUCAGUGAUAUGUAUGACCUAUAAAAGCUUAUAAAAAGCCAGCUACAUAUGCCAGAUUAGCGGAUUGGUACCAACCUGGGAAUGUGGAGUACAAAACUCACGAUGCUUUAUAAGUACUUCAUCAGAUAUUGGUCUAUACAAUGGAGAUCUAUACAAUUGAAUUGGUUG